AUGCCAGAAACAUCCUCUCCAUUGAGUCUCAGCACUAUGGACCACGAAAACAUGGGACAAGAAUCUUACGACAUGAGAGAAGCCAAAGACUUUGCCUCACCAAAGAGUCCCAAAAUCACCUUCAACAACGUGAACCUUGCAGACUUUGAAGAUGCCUCAACGCUCGAGCCGCUCCCGCAAACGCUCACCCAGACCACGUCCACCGAAGAAACUUUCUCAAUGAGACCUCGUUCAAUGUCCCACCACCUGUCGAGUAAAGACGUACCCUCGAGAAGAUGGCUCAAGAUCCAAGCGAAGUUUUGGCGAUCCCUCAUGGCGUUUGCCAUGUAUUUUCACGAUUGGGCGCCUCCCCGAUCUGUGAAACCAGCGUUCAAACACAAGAUUCCUACCGACACCACUCCCAUUGUCCUCUACUUCUACCUCCCUCCCAGAUAUCACGAGACCCUCAACAGAGACCCCAACUUCCGCUUUCCUACUGUUAUAAACUUCCACGGCGGUGGCUUUUGCCUGGGUGAUGCCAGAGAUGAUCGAUAUUGGGCAAGAGUCGUUUUGGAAUAUACCAAUGCUAUAUUCGUGAGCGUCAAUUAUCGACGGGCUCCGGAACAUCCUUUCCCGAUACCGGUGGACGAUUGUGUCGAGUCAAUUCUGUACAUUUCUGAACACGCGCCACAGCUGCACAUCGAUCAAUCCAACAUUGCUCUAUCCGGGUUCUCCGCUGGAGCCAACCUCGCUUUCACAGUUCCAUUCCGGUUAGCAUAUCAUCGAAAGAUGGAAGCCAUCGAUCGAAAGUCACCCCGUCCCCCGACGUCCUACAGCAUGGAAACCGACUCCGAAGCAAAUGAGCACGAGGACUACUGCCAUGAAAGCAAUGGCUUCGUCACCCCCGUCCAAUCCACUUCCAAUCUUGUCCGCCAGCAAACAUCUACACCCAUGGCCAUCCGCUGCAUUGUCGCCUGGUAUCCUCUGCUUGACUGGACCAUGUCCCGAUCCCGAAAGAUCCGCGAAUCUCGAAACCCCAAAAAAUGUCUUCCCAAGCUCUUCACCGACCUCUUCGACUUCUCUUACUUACCUCCGCCAGACAUAGCAGGCGACCACUGCAGCCCCUAUGCAUCCCCCGGUCUCGCCCACGACCACAUGAUCAUCGAUGGCCUCCCACAGGAUAUCCAGAUGUGGCUUUGUGAGUGGGACAUGCUACUGCGUGAGGGGCAAGUAUUCACCGAACGUCUCGACAAACUCGGCAAGAGGAUCGACAGCAAAAUGAUUUAUAGGGUGCCUCAUGCGUGGGACAAAUCGCCCAAUCCAUUCCGAGAUCAACGUGCCAUCGACAUGCUCUAUACCAAGUCAGCGGUCAAUUUGAACAAAGUUUUCCAAGAUAAAGAAGGUCUAGGGCCCGGAAAUUCAAUGAGUUCACUUCAUCCCACGGACAGCAUUAUACAGAGGCAGCCGAGGAGGAGUAUCGUCUUACCGGUGUGA